AACAGUAUUAUUUAUAUCAAAAUUUAUGUAAUCUCUUUUAUAAAAUAGUUUAUAGAAUUAAUUAUAUGAUUAUCUAUACGUAGAAAAUAACAAAACGUAGUUCCAUUAUACCAAUAGUGCUAAAAGUUUGUUAUUCGGACUUUAACCUCAAUACUCAUUUACCUUUUGGAAUAUUUAUUUCCAAAUUAAAUGAUUAGUUUUGCAGGUCAUCGUUUACUUACCACAAAAGCACCACGGCUGAUAAAAAUGUCAAAACGAAAACUAAAUGAUUAUGCAAGUUUCCAGCAAGUUUUAAAAGAUUCACAAAAUAUUGUUGCACUAACUGGUGCCGGAAUAUCUGCGGAAUCUGGCAUUCCCGUUUUCAGAGGUCCUGGAGGAUUGUGGAGGAAGUAUCAGGCAACAAGUUUAGCAACUCCACAAGCUUUCAGAACUAAUCCUUCAUUGGUCUGGGAGUUUUAUCAGUACAGGAGAAAUGUUGCCUUCAGCAGUGAACCAAAUAAAGCCCAUUUGGCUUUGGCUAAAUUUGAAGACAUAUGCAAAAAACAGGGUAAAAGCUUUGCUAUUAUUACACAGAAUGUUGAUGGUUUACAUAAGAGGGCUGGUUCUCAGGAAAUUGUCGAGUUACAUGGUGCCUUACAUAAAGUUAUAUGCACUAAAUGUAAGAAAAUUGAAGAAAACUUUGACAGUCCAAUAUGUGAAUCCUUAAGAGACAGGGGAGAUCCUAAUAGUGAAGACCAAGAGCCAAUCCUGAUAAAGGAUUUACCCAAAUGUAAACAUUGUGGAUCAUUAGUAAGACCAUAUAUUGUCUGGUUUGGAGAAAAUCUAGAUGCAGAUGUGAUGAACAAAGCCAGAGAUUUAAUAGACAAUUGUGACUUGUGCCUGGUAAUAGGCACAUCUUCAGUUGUGUAUCCAGCAGCAAUGUUUGCACCAUCAGUUGCGGCCAGGGGAAAACCAGUUGCUGAAUUUAAUUUAAAUGAAGAACCAGCUGAUGAUCAAUUUUCCUAUCACUUCAGUGGAAAAUGUGGCACAACUUUGCCAAAAGCUUUAAAUAUAGAGAUGUAAAUAAUCGAUUUUGGUGCAUUUUCCAGUUGUUGAUAAAAUAUUUUAGUCUAUAUUUUAAUAUAAAUAAAAUAUAUUUCCAUUAAA